GUUGCUUGCUUUGCUGUUUGCUAUUUCUUAUCCGCUCUUGAUUUUAUUAUAUUGCGAAUCGGCCAUAAUUCUUUGUAGUAUCACUAAAAGCUAGCAGAAAAGUAUGUCUGUGGAAAAGGCUUUAAAACGUAAAAUAUCUGAAGGAAAUGGCUCCGACACGUCGGAACCUCCAACAAAGUUGCAUAUACAAUGCCCUUAUUUGGACACGAUAAACAGACAUGUCCUGGAUUUUGAUUUCGAGAAGCUGUGCUCAGUUUCUCUAACCAGGAUCAAUGUUUACGCCUGUCUUGUCUGCGGAAAGUAUUUCCAGGGAAGAGGUACAAACACUCAUGCUUAUACCCAUUCAGUUGCGGAGGGACAUCAUGUGUUCCUCAAUUUGCAUACCCUGAAGUUUUACUGUCUGCCUGAUAAUUAUGAGGUCAUAGAUUCGUCUCUGAAUGACAUCAAGUAUGUGUUGAACCCAAUCUUCACAUCGGAGCAGAUUAGGCAGCUGGACACGAACACUAAGAUGUCCCGAGCUAUAGAUGGUACCAUGUACAUGCCUGGGAUAGUUGGCUUGAACAAUAUUAAGGCUAAUGACUAUUGCAAUGUCAUUUUACAGUGCUUGUCCCAAGUGCGGCCAUUGCGCAACUAUUUCCUCCGCGAGGAGAAUUAUGCUGACGUGAAGCGUCCGCCCGGCGACUCCAUCUUCCUGCUGGUGCAGCGGUUUGGGGAGCUGCUCCGCAAGUUGUGGAACCCUCGCGCUUUCAAGGCCCACGUGUCGCCCCAUGAGAUGUUGCAGGCCGUCGUGCUUUGGUCUAAGAAGAAAUUCCAGUUUAUUAAGCAGAGUGAUCCAAUUGACUUCCUGUCAUGGUUCCUGAACUCUCUUCACAUGGCUCUCAAUGGAACGAAGAAGCCAAAUAGUUCAAUUAUCUAUAAAUCAUUCCUUGGGCACAUGAGAAUAUACACUAGAAAGUUACCACCACCAGAAGCAGAGGACGCAGCGAAAGUGGACUUGAGUAGCGAGGAGUACGCCGAAAUGAUCACGGAGUCGCCCUUCCUAUAUCUGACGUGCGACUUACCCCCUACUCCUCUCUUCACCGAUGAGUUUAGAGAAAAUAUCAUUCCUCAGGUAAAUCUGUAUCAGUUGCUGUCAAAGUUCAAUGGGCAAACAUCCAAAGAGUACAAAACAUACAAAGAAAACUUUCUAAAACGGUUUGAAAUAACGCAACUGCCACCAUAUUUGAUUUUGUAUAUCAAGAGGUUUACGAAGAACACAUUCUUUGUGGAGAAGAAUCCGACGGUCGUGAACUUCCCAGUCAAGAAUGUUGACUUUGGGGACAUCUUAACGCCAGAAAUAAAGGCGAAACACAAGGGGCGAACGAUAUACGAAUUAGUAGGAAAUAUUGUACAUGAUGGGACCCCGGAGAAAGGGACAUACAGAGCACAUGUUCUACAUAAACCUACACAACAGUGGUACGAAAUGCAAGAUCUCCAUGUCACCAGUAUUCUGCCUCAAAUGAUCACACUGACAGAAGCGUACAUACAAAUAUAUGAACUAAAACAGGACUGACAUAAAUAGUGUUUGUGUGUACAUAAAAUAAAACUAAGUAAGCGUAAUUCAUUCAUUUUAUUUAUUGAAUAUACAAAUUGUAGAUAUUCCUGAAUCCCAUUUAACAAACUGUGGCCCUGGAAUGACCUUUACACUUAAAACAAUAAUAUUAUUAAACAUAAUUUAGUAGUUAAAUUAUUUAUGUAUGGAUCAUAAUA